CCAGUGUUCUAAAUUCUAGUUUGAUAUAGAACAGUCUUCCCCAUAUUAUAAACAUUACUUUGUUUAGUCAGCAGCGACUCCAAACCCAUGUCUCUGCAGAACCUGACAAUUUCCUCUGAAUUCAGCAUUUUCCAUUGAAUUCUGUGGAUCCCACCCCUUCCUUCCUUCAUGCAGCUGUGCAUCCAGGAAAACUCAGAAUGCUGACAUUUUCUUGCUGAUCAUCUACUUAACUUUUUUGCUUAUGGUUGCAAUGCAGAUGAGAUCUGUAGAUGGUGAUUUUCGGUCUGUAUUAACCAUCAUGGGAAGGAAAAACUGAACUGUAGCCACCAUGAUUGGAGGACUUUUCAUCUAUAAUCACAAGGGGGAGGUCCUUAUCUCCAGAGUGUACAGAGAUGACAUAGGGCGGAAUGCAGUGGAUGCUUUCCGGGUCAAUGUCAUCCAUGCUCGACAGCAGGUGCGCUCUCCAGUCACCAAUAUUGCCCGCACUAGCUUCUUUCAUGUCAAGCGCUCGAACAUCUGGCUCGCAGCAGUCACCAAGCAGAAUGUCAAUGCUGCAAUGGUGUUCGAGUUCCUCUACAAGAUGUGUGAUGUUAUGACUGCCUACUUUGGGAAGAUCAGUGAGGAGAACAUAAAGAACAACUUUGUAUUGAUUUAUGAGCUGCUGGAUGAGAUCCUAGAUUUUGGUUACCCUCAAAACUCUGAGACAGGAGCCCUGAAAACAUUCAUCACACAACAAGGGAUUAAAAGCCAGACCAAGGAGGAACAAUCUCAGAUCACAAGCCAGGUUACUGGACAGAUUGGCUGGAGACGUGAAGGUAUUAAAUAUCGUCGGAAUGAGCUAUUCCUUGAUGUGUUGGAGAGUGUCAAUCUGCUGAUGUCCCCACAGGGACAAGUUCUUAGUGCCCAUGUGUCUGGUCGUGUGGUGAUGAAGAGCUAUUUAAGUGGGAUGCCGGAGUGCAAGUUUGGGAUGAAUGACAAAAUUGUGAUUGAGAAACAAGGCAAAGGAACUGCAGAUGAAACUGGAAAAACUGGGAAACAAUCCAUUGCAAUUGAUGACUGUACAUUCCACCAGUGUGUUCGGCUCAGCAAGUUUGAUUCAGAGCGCAGCAUUAGUUUUAUACCGCCAGAUGGAGAGUUUGAACUAAUGAGAUACCGAACCACAAAAGACAUCAUCUUACCUUUUCGUGUCAUCCCUCUUGUGCGUGAAGUUGGACGAACCAAACUGGAGGUGAAGGUGGUCAUUAAAUCAAACUUCAAACCCUCUCUUCUUGCUCAGAAAAUUGAGGUUCGCAUCCCAACUCCACUUAAUACUAGUGGUGUGCAAGUUAUUUGUAUGAAGGGUAAAGCCAAGUACAAAGCCAGUGAGAAUGCCAUCGUCUGGAAAAUAAAACGUAUGGCAGGAAUGAAGGAAUCUCAGAUAAGUGCCGAGAUUGAACUCCUGCCAACCAAUGAUAAAAAGAAGUGGGCACGUCCCCCUAUUUCCAUGAACUUUGAGGUCCCCUUUGCUCCGUCCGGCCUGAAAGUUCGAUACCUGAAGGUAUUUGAACCGAAGCUGAACUACAGUGACCAUGAUGUUAUUAAAUGGGUUCGCUAUAUUGGAAGAAGUGGAAUCUAUGAGACACGUUGUUAAUGCAGCAAUGCUCUGAGGGGAAAGAGCAACUUCACUCGCUAAACCUUCCUCCCAAUCUAACAUUUUUGGUAAAAUAAGGUCAGAAUGUGGACCUUAAACAGAAAGGAGAGAGCUUGUCUUCUACUUUCUGUGGUGGAUGGUUUAAAAAUGCUCAUUCCUUGUCCUGCUUCUUCCGCCCGAUCAUUCUUGCCACAGAGCUGCAUAAUCCAUCCUAGUACUGAUGCUUUCAAGGCUGCUUCAGAACUGGAAGGAUUUACUAUGAAUACUGGGGGUCUCUUACUGAUGUGGGAUCUCCUGUCUUGCUGCUGUGUCUUCAAAAUACCCUUCACAUGCAGCUGCACUUACAUUAUUUUACGGGAAUGCUUCAAGCACUAUAUUCUACAUUGCUUAUUGUAAUUAUGGUGCAAGGAGGUAAUGAGAAGUCUCUCUCCCCCCCUCCCUCUCUCCCACCCCCCCCAGUUCCCCACACUGCAAUUUCUCAGCACCUAAAGCACUCUCCUUGCUGAGAAUGUCCAAAAUAUAAAAUGAGCACAUGUUGUGCCUAUUCGUUGUCAUUAACCCCUUUUGGUGUGACAAAACUCAUGUUAAUGCUGAAUUAUUUUGUGCGUAUAGGGACUUCACCCACUGCCUCCUUACAUUAUAACCAUUACAAAAAACUAGUAUUUAUGGUGCUAGAUGUGUUCUGUUAACUCCGUAAGUCUGUGAAUAUUGCUGGCAGAUAGUAUUCCUAAAUAGUGUAGUGCACCCCGCACGCUGUCCAUACUACCCUCUUCUCUUACUAUAGUGUCCUGUUUUGUGUCCCCAAGUAUUUCUCUCAUUAGAGCUGUGAGCACUGCCACAGACCAGCAGAGCAUCUCCAGAAGAGUGACGGGAAGGAGCAGCUGUGCUCUCUGGCAUUCUUGUCUAUGGCUGGAAAGCGGACUCAUUGCUCUAUUGCAAGGUGUUUAAUCCUCUGUGUGGUUCCUGACCUCUCACAGUGUUUG